UGUGCCGUCGGUGCAAACGAGAGAGGAGGCAGUGAUAUAGUCACAGUUCAACCCGCAUUAAGACAAAAUGGCAGGACUGCCCCGCAGGAUCAUUAAGGAGACACAGCGCUUGCUGGCAGAGCCGGUACCUGGCAUAAAGGCCGAGCCAGAUGAAGGCAAUGCCCGCUAUUUCCAUGUCGUCAUCGCCGGCCCCCAGGACUCCCCAUUUGAAGGAGGGACUUUUAAACUGGAGCUUUUUCUCCCAGAGGAGUACCCCAUGGCAGCCCCAAAAGUCCGCUUUAUGACCAAAAUAUAUCACCCCAAUGUUGACAAGCUGGGGAGGAUAUGUCUAGAUAUUCUGAAAGAUAAAUGGUCACCAGCCCUGCAGAUUCGCACAGUGCUGCUAUCCAUCCAGGCAUUACUAAGCGCUCCUAACCCUGAUGAUCCACUAGCAAAUGAUGUUGCUGAGCAGUGGAAAACCAAUGAAGCUCAAGCCAUAGAGACAGCCAGAACAUGGACCAGGCUUUACGCCGGAAACAACAUCGAAGUUUAAACAUGGAAGGCGGGUGCAAACACAACUCCUCCUGUUCUACCGAGACCUCUUCCUCCAUUGUCUGCAUUUAAAGGACUGUCUUAGGAAAAAUAUAAACAAGUAAACAAAAAAUUAAAAAGGAAAAAGCCAGCUCCAGACCAUUGGUGAUUGAAAUGCACAUUAGCCAAUCUUUUGUCUUUGUCUGAAUUCACUGUCGUAAUGCCUGGGCAGGAGGCUGUCUGUGGGGGUGUGGGCAUGGCCCAGCUCUGCUUUAACUCGCUUUUAACUGGCAUUGAUCUGUCUCAGUGUCUGGGGUUGGGGCCAGGGGUUUCAAACGAGGGCUUCUGUGGGCGUGGGUUUACUUUUUACUGUUUUCUUUUAGCGUUAUUUUUUCUUUUCCUUCCUGUGAUGCUCUUGUUUAUGAAACGCAGCUUAUUAGCACCACCUAGAUCGUGACCAUGAAAGCAGGUAUGAUUCCUCCCUGUAGAUCAGAGCUUUCUGGCCCUCUGCUCAGGGGGCUGCGGAUUCCACAGGCCACUGGUCCAGCUCGAUGCUUUCACCUGUGCUGUGUCUCCAAGUAUCGCGGACCAGUUUAGCUUCACUCCAGCUCUCGGAGCAUUAGUGCCCCCUGCUGGCCGGUGGCCCUCGGAGCUGCCAGAGCUGAGUCGCCCUGUAGACAAGCUAGAGAAGAAAACAAAGCUUGGCUUUACAAAAGAGAAAAACGUCUGACUCUGAAACAAAAUAUGAACUAACAAAAGGACAAAAAAAACUUAAAAUGCAACGAAGCUGCCGUCCUUCUCACCACUCUGAUACAUUCUCAGCAUGGCAACCAAUGUAGGCCUCUGAGGAAAGGAAGAUGCUUUCCUGUCAACGGUGUAUUUAAAUCAGCUGUGUUUUUGUUCUGUUUGGUAGGGAUUGACUUACAGCUUGGGAGUGGUGUCCUACUACAGAAUUUCACCCUAAAGGUGCAGGGUGGCAUGUGGGAACACUGCUUUAAGGCAGUUUUCAUUUUGGGGAUGGGGGACUGAGGGAGGGGAGAAUGGGGCGGUGAUGACAGGGCAGGGGGCAGCCAUGGGACAAACUACAAGGAGAUCACAAAGGCCUCAUGCAACUCAAGCUGUCAUCGUCAGCUCUCAGUUUAGUGGCUGUAGUAAAAUUCACUGAUUGUAAAUUCAUUCUUUGUAUGACCAGAGAACAAUGGGUUUCUACUGUCAGAAUGGUAUGAUACA